AUGACACUACAUACUCAGAAACCCCAAGGUUAUGAAAAACACAAGUCUUCCCUAGCAGCGGUCGAACAUGCGUUUCGUCAUGUGGUCGAACAUGGUGGUAAUGAGCAGAAUCUCAGAUCCCUCAUGCUUUACGACGGCCCGCAAACCUCGGAUUGGGACAAUCCAUGGGGCUUAGUGGAGCGCUCAAGCCGAGUUUUCAAAGCGACAAGGGGUACACAUGGAGGAAACAUGGAUCAGAACAUUUGUGCGAAGCAGAUACAGGGCCCUUCAGAAACCGAUCACGAACGAUAUCAUCGCCAGCAAGAACGCGUGGAAGCCGAGAAAAAGACCAGAGACUAUUUGGACGCCAUGCCACCAGCAGUCCUCUCCCAGAUGAUCGACAACAAUAGACGCCAGAUACGAGGCACGACUUCCGACAUCCAAGAGCAAAUGUACGAGAUCCAAACAGGUGGUUGGAAUCAUGAGCUCGCGGAGUAUGAAGAGCGGUGGAAGAAUUCCAGCGGGAUUUUGCCCAUGCUGGAAUGGCAGUUGCAAACGCGCAAAAAGCAAGGAUGGAAGUUGUGGGAUAUGCCACUCAUGAGAUCGGAUGCUGGGAGCGAAGGUUUUCUGUACGACAGGAUGAUAGAGGCUAGUGCAGAACCUUAG